AUGAAUCCCUUUGAAUUAACCAUCUCUUCCAACAAUUCAUCAUCACCAACCACGAAUUCAACAACGAGCUCAUGUCCCGAAGUGGACCCUUCUGGUCUUCAAUACAUUAAAUGGAUUUAUAUUAUUUUCGGAGAAUGUGUUCAUUCGAGUUGGGAACAAGCUUCAUUCUAUGUAGGAAUGGCUAGCCUAUUCUUUUGGAUGAUUGCAUUAUUUCCUCAAAUUAUUGCAAAUUUUAGAAAUAAGAGUGCCUCUUCUUUGGCUCUUGGAUAUUUAAUACAAUCGACGAUUGGAGAUUCUUGCAAUUUUCUUGCUUGUAUUUUGUCGGGACAAUUAAUGACACAAAUAUUCGUAGCUGGAUAUUUUGUUUUAAUUGAUAUCGUUGUGAUUGGACAAUACUUUUUCUACAAGUUGAGGAAUGCGAAAAUUUUCCAAAAAAAGAAAAAAUUAUCGGAUGCAGUCACGAAAAAAUCGAAUGACUUGGAAAUGGAUCAUGUAUACUUUCACGAGGAUCAUGAACAACUCGCCUCAGUUCAAAGAAACAGCGUUGAUGAAGAUAAUUUUAUCAUGCAUGACGAUGAACAGUUUCAUGAUGACCAAAAUCAUCAUGUUUCAUUACUUCCAAAUAAUUCUUCUCUGCAAACAGCAACCACAAAACUGAAAACAUCUUCAUGGGCUGUUCUUUUAUCUAUUGUGAUUUUUAUUUCAAUUUGUAUCCUUUUCAAUAAUUACCAAAUUAUGGAAAGUGAAAUUCUCCCCAUUGCAGAAAAAAGAUCUUUCAAUAAUGGACGACGAUUGUUGAGCGUUUACGAUGAUGAUGACAACAACUCUCCUUCGAUGCCAAAACAUAAUGAUUUUGUUUUUCCACCAAAGAAUGCCUUAUCCAUCAUUGGUUUCAUCAUUGGUUGUAUUUGCUCCGUCAUGUAUAUUGGUUCUCGAUUUCCUCAACUCUACAAAAACUACAAAUCCAAAGACACAGAAGGUCUUUCUCGAAUUUUCUUUUUCCUCGCCAUCUCUGGCAAUAUCUGUUAUGCUACCUCCAUUUGGUUAUUCUCUAUCGAUGGUCAAUACCUUCUUACGAGAAUUCCAUGGAUUUUAGAGACUCAUGUCAAUGUGGUGCUAGAUUCAAUUAUUCUCACACAAAUAUUCUACUAUCAUAGACAUAGAAAAGGUGCAAUCAUCCUUAAUAAUAGUGAGGAUCAAAAACAUCACGAAGACAAUGAGGAUCUCCAUUCAAAGGAUUCCCACAGCAAUGAUUCACACUCUGUGACCGAAUCUGCCACUCGAUCCUCUUUAGAUUCUUCUGAAUUGAAACUCAUUCCUGUCUCUAAUACUAAUUGA